UGUUUUUUUUUUUUUCAUUUUUUUUAAUUUCUAUUUCAUUUUAUUACAAUUUUUUGUGGCUGGAGGAAUCGACGGAGCCGGAACGCUCUCAGGAGAAAUGACCGCUCAGAAGCCCGAGGAGAACAUGAGAUCUUUUACCCGGGAGAUUUUCGCCUUCCUAAUCUGCACCGCCUUGGUAUUGGUGCCCUACUGCGAUGCAGAUCGCCUCCCUCCGCCGACAGAGCUGUCAUAUAAGUGGCUGGACCCCUGUGUUGUGAACGUGUUCUGGUCCUGGCAGAGGCCCAGCAGUCUGCCGGAGAACUGUGAAAUCAAGUAUGACUUCCGCCCGGCGAACACACCUAAAGAAGGAGAAGGGAGUGUGCGCACAGAAUGGAAAAAUUUGACAGUAGAAAGAUGUGUCACAGAUGAAAUGGCUGUUACUGGGACCGUCAGCGUUUAUACCGUUGCCUAUAAGUUCUGCGAUGGUUGGAACGACAGCACACCUGUAAGCACAAUCAUUAACAGCUCAAUUCCCCGAGCUGAAGUGGUGAAAGAUUUCAAAUGUGUCCUUGACACCAGGGGAAUGAACUGUUCCUGGAUCCCAGUAAAUCGGUCUCUUAACCUGACGCUCACCUAUAGGCCUUGUGGAUCCUCUGAGGAACGUAUAAAAAGUUUAAAAGUUUGUGAUCAACCUUACAGCGGUGAAAUACGGGAUGGUUGUUACCUGAAUCUUGGUCGUGACGAAACUGACAUCUGCAUUUUUGUGAGCACCGAAAUUGGAGGGAGCAUCAUCAGACCUUUACUUGAGAUACCUUCAUCGAAGCCAAGGAUCAGAGAAGACAAACAACACCUCAACCUGAGCUGGACACCUCCAGAGGUCGGAAAAGAUUGUGAAUGGAUAUACGAGAUCUGCUACACAGAAUGCAACAAGACCAAACCAUGCCGGAACUUCACUAUGAACGAGAGGAAUUCUCCGGAUCAGAAGACUCCUAGAAUAUUCUACAAUGAAGACUGCGAAUACAAACUCCGAUCCAGAGUCAGUAGUACCAACUCUUGCCCAGCAAUAAUCAGCAACUGGAGUGAGGUUGUGUCUUAUGGUACUAACAAGCCUCCUGACGUGACACUGGCCGUGGUUGCCAUUGUCAUCCCCAUCGUUCUGUUUGUCUGCGUCAUUCUGUCGUGCUACUGUUUCAGGAAGCACAGUGACAUUAUUUGCCCCAUCAUACCAGAUCCUUCAGCAAUAUUCAAGGAAAUGAUGAUGAACGGAAACAAAGAACUUAAGACCACAACAGGGAGUCUGUACACGCCGGUGCCAGAACCCAUUGAACCUUGCAAAAUUACCCUUAUAACCGAAAACAGCGUCCUGCAGCAAAACUCCUGAAAUGUAUAUGUUCACAGCAUUGCCGGCAGCACAGCUGGACUUCCGCUCUGGGUGAAUUCAUCGGGAACAUUUAAAGAGUAACUUAACACCACGCUGAAAAGCUUUGUUUUACCGACCUCUUCUGGCUGAAAGCUUCAAGUCCGUCGCACGUCUGACAAGUGUGCUCUAUCUUACUUGUACUGCGCUGGCCUGAAUAAAGCUCUGCAUCGCUGCAGCCAGGUGAGAACUUCAACUACUAGAGGGCAGCAAAAGCAAGAUUUUCAGCUACUAUUAAGUUACUCUCUAAGGGUGCUGCGGUUGUAAGCUGCUCCAUGUGUCAUGGACAGGAUGAGGAAAUGCAAUGAAUCCCUGGGACUGCCUUAAAAAACAGCUGCGCAGCUAUACACCCAGAAGAGCAAACAGGACAAGAAAGUUUGCCAUGCCUGCACUCUGCUGACACUUUCCUGUUGAGCACAGAGGAGGACGAAAAGGAUGAGGGCGGGUAGUGUGCUCGGCUGGAUAGAAUGGAGGACUGCAAGUUGGCCAAUGGAAGCUACAUUUACUCGGCACUGACCUACCAGUAAGAGAAGCUGGUGUAUCCCUGAAUAUCGGCCGUACAGAUCUAAGAGAUCACAGGGAACGACAACCCAAUGCCAGUAUGACUGCAAUUGUGGCAGCUGUACAAUGAGCUGGAAGGACUGGGAAAGACGUUACUACCUUUCUGCUGAGAGUGACCCCAAGACUGUACUGUGUCAGCCUCCGAAUGAGUCUGGGCAUGCAUCCAAACGCUGUUUUGUGAGGAACUGGGGGGGGGGGUGCAUGGCAAGUAGCACAAGGCCAGUGUCCUUGUGUUAGUCGUGGGAGUCUGUUCUUCGCAUCAAAAAAAGUAACAAAAGAAGGAAGAGACUUUAUCCCUUAAGUGAAAUUCAAUGAGGCAGAAUGGCUACAGUUGAAUGCUGAAUUUCUGAAACAAAACUUAACAUCCUCACAGUCAUGUCAUUUCCUCUGGUAAUCUGUUAUUCGUGCGUAUCAAAAGGAAUUACCCUGUUGUCAUCCGUCAGGAUAUAAACUGACCUGCAUGAACUUUGCUGACAGACACCGAUAGUUCUGACUUCAGCCUCUGGAUCCCAAAUGUGAGGAGUUCAUGUGACCCACUUCUUCAAAAUUUGACCCGUGGUGUUAAGAAGCCUUCGCACCCCUUUUACUUUGAAGCUCUUUAAAAACAUUUCUUUGCCUUUUUUUUUUUUUUGCUUAGUUGGAUUUCCUAGAACUACUUGUUGGGUGACUGCCGACUGUUUUUGCUGAUUAAACCGAAAGAGUGAAAAUGUUUGUGUGUGUUGUGCGUGUGUAUGUGUGAUUACAUGCCACUGGGAUACUUACAAUUGGCUAAUUCCAGCCUCCGGCUCCUUUGUAGUGACAGUUUAACAGGAAAUAUUGGAGCUGUAACAGUUUGUAGAUGUUGUUCAUGGAUUUUAUUGUCAGCUUGGAGCAGUGAAAUGUCUUAUCUUUAACAUUUCUACUACGGCAACCUGUGAAGAUAUCAACCAAAAUCCUCACAAAUGAUGGGAGGAAGGAUUUAAAAGUUUGUCACCUGUGCUUUGAUUAAUCUUAAUGGAUAAUGUACUGAUACAUUAUAGAUCAGUAAUAGCCCUGAAUAACUUUUGGGUUGCCAGGUUGUAAAUAACCCCUCUGUCUGGCAUUUAAUGUCCUCUGGAAUGGCCUUUAAGAUUAUACUUUUGAGUUUCCUGUUCAGCUGCACGAAAUCUGGACAAAAAUCUGCAACUUGUCAAGAUACAUGCUUUAAAAAUAAA